AUGUCUGAGCUCAGGAAUUUCGAUCGCAUGUUCCGCCUUGACGGCAAGGUGGCUUUGGUUACUGGAGGAUCAAGAGGCCUCGGGCUCCAUACCGCCACCGCCUUCCUGCUCGCCGGCGCAAAGAAGGUCUUCAUCUCGGCGCGCAAGAACGAAGGCCUGCAGGGCAUCGACCAAGCCGUCGAGAAGCUCAACAAGCUCCCCGUCUCAGGCACGGCAGUCGGCGUCGCCGCGAACGCUGCCGACACUGAGGACAUCGCACGGCUGGUCAAGACGGUGCAGGAGACGGACGACGGGCUCGACAUCCUGGUCUGCAAUGCUGGCGCGACGUGGGGCGGGCCCUUCGACCCGACGCCGGACUGGUCGAGCAAGAAGGUGCUCGAUCUGAACGUGCGCGGCGUCUUCAACUUGGCGCGAUUGUACGGCCGCCCUCCACUCCGCGCGGGCUGGAGAGAGCUAACGGUUGCCAGGUUUGCGCCGCUCCUCGAGAGAGCAGGCACGCGAGACGACCCCUCCCGCAUCAUCAUCGUCUCGUCCACCGCCGGCACCACCGUACCGCACGUUGGCGACCAUGGCACCAUCAUGUACAGCGUCUCCAAGGCAGCAGCACACCACCUCGCGCGCCAGCUCGCUGUGGAGCUCGGCCCGCGAAACAUUACUACCAACACCGUGGCCCCCGGCUUCUUCCCGUCCAAGCUGGCCAACGGCUUGAUCGAGAUUCUUGGUGGCGAGCAGGAGCUCAAGGACUGGAACCCGCGCAAGCGGCUAGGAGAGCCUGAGGAUAUUGCCGGUGUGAUGGUCUAUCUAGCCUCACCCGCGGCAGCGUACGUCAAUGGCGAGGAUAUCGCGGUCGAUGGAGGGGUGCGCUACGCCCAGGGACGGCAAUCGAAGUUGUAG